AUGAGAUUACAAAGUUUUCUUCCUCAGCUACUUCCAUGGUUCCUUCUCGCAGAGGCAGCACCUGCACAAAAUACUCUCCAACAGACAUGCGCAGGCUUGAAGAACUUGUCAACCUGCAAGUUCGAGUUUUCUGUGCCUUAUGGUGUCAAUGUUACCAUGAAGACAGUCCCUGAUAAAAAGUACGACGAAUGCAAGUCCAAGGAGAAAUACAAGAAGCCUUGUCCUACUCCAACAAAACCGAAGCUCAUGUGUGAUGCAUGGAGAUGUGUUCCAGGAUGGAUUGAUACGACCAAGCAAGUCAUUACAGGCUUGGAAGUUCUCACCAAAAAGGUCAACCUCUGCGAUACUGUGCGAAAGAUCUUGGGUCAGCCCCAAGGCGACAACUUCAUUCAGGCCUCCGACGCAAUCUGCCAAUGUUUUCCCCGUAUUGGUAAAUUAAGUGCAACAUCAGGCUUCAAGUCGUUCGAGAAGGGAGUUUUGUCGCCCGCAGAUUCAAAGGAUGUUGACCAAGUUGUGGAGGUCCAAAAAUGUAUGAAUGAGUCGGGCUUCCAGACAGCUGAUGACCGGGACAAAGCCAAAAAGACACUCCAGUCCAAGGCAAAGCAGAAAGUGCUUAUCAUCGAGGGGCCUGAGAUCAACGAAGACAGCUAUUCUAAGCUUAUGGCUAUAAGCAAAUCCUGUAAGCCAGGGUCCUCUUGUACCGGCAUGCAGAUUCAAGAGACCAUUCAAGAUCUUUUCACCCCAUACAUGGCCGAGAUUGCCCGGCAGUUCCGAAAGGGGCUCUUCGUUCCGUGGGUUCCCUUUCUCCAAAACCUACUGCUUAUCUCCAACGACUUUAAUCUGGCGUCUCAAAAGCUCGGGUCGCCUUUCCUCGGCUUCAAAUCCAGAUUUGAAUAUGCCACCCAAACCUCUUGUGUUGAGCUCGGCAGCUGUGAUGGACCUGCUGUGUCCUCCUUUUUCAAGCAAGUAGGCGAUAUAGUGAAUAACACUCAGCUUAUUUAUUACAUGAGUGUUCCGGAAACAUCGAAGAACCUACUUACAACAUACAUUAAGGAGGCACAGGAUGCUAACAAAACCGCCGAAGAACUCCCAGAGGAGUCUGAAAGUGCUGAUCUGUUCAGAGGAGGCGAAAUUCAAACUGUUCAAGAUCUUUUCAAGUUCGUACCCACCGUCGACCGCACAUUCCUCCUUCAAAGGAAAAUAGGGUGGAUAGUUGACUUUUACGCGGGCUAUUCGGCCGAAAACCGAGAUUUUGUUACCUCGACAUUCAAAUCAUUGGUGAAUGUGAGCGAUUCAAGUUCCGACGCUAUAGAAAAAGAACUCAACAUCAAGGAACGUCCCGAAAACGAUGACUUGCUGCAGCAGAUAAUCAUGAUGAAGACUGUCAUGAAGAGGGAUAUUUAUGAACAUCUUUCUGCUAUGAAGCAAGCUUUUGAGCGGUACGAUGACCAAAUCGCCAAGUCAUCGUUUGGUCCUGGCAAGUCUGGCGUUGUCAUGGAGCCGAGUGCCAUUGGCUACCAGCGAUGGACCAAGAUUCCGAAGAUGGCCAUGCCGUGCUCGAAGCAAGUCACCAAGACCUUCAAUAAGUCGGGGUUCACUAAGACCUUUUCGUUCACGGAGUAUUUCAAGUGUAUGGUUGACGGCGCAACUGCAUAUUACCCGAAGCUUCAGAUUCCUUACAUUCGGUUGACGUUGUAG